AUGUGGCUUGCGAUCAACGGAGACGUUUACGAUGUCUCGAAGUUUGCGCAGCUCCACCCCGGUGGUGCAAAGGUCCUCGAGGAGAUUGCCGGGCGGGACGUCACAGAGGAGUUCUACGAGCUCCACCGCCAUGACGUGCUCGUCAAGUACGACCGCCUCAAGGUAGGACGCCUGCAGGGUGAGCACAAGCAGGUCUCCACAGGAUGCAAGGGAGUGCCCUUCGCUGAGAUUCCGGCGUUCCAGGGCCAGGAGUCGCCCUUCUACACAGAGUCGCACCGCCGCUUCAUGGAGGGCAUGCAAAGCUUCGUCGCGUCGGAGCUGAUGCCCGGUGCAGCUGCCUGCGAUCUGAAAGGCGAGUAUCCUUCUCGGGAGCUUCAGAGGAAGCUGGGGCAAAGCGGCGUGAUGGUCAGCCGUCUUGGACCAGGUCCCUGGUCGAGCGAGGUCGAGAAGUUGGGCCUCAACAUGCCGGGGAACAUCAACGCCAAGGACGUGGAUUACUUUCAUGAAGCCAUCGCCCACCAGGAGAUUGCGCGGGUCGGCCUACCGGGUUUCGUGGACUCCCUGGGAGCUGGAUAUCUGAUCUCCGCUCCUGCGAUCCAUCACUUCGGAACGGAAGAGAUGAGGAAGACCAUCUUCCCGUCGCUUCUCCGGGGCGAGAAGUGGAGCUGUUUGGCCAUCAGCGAGCCCUUUGCUGGCAGCGAUGUGGCGCAGAUCAAAGCCACGGCCAAAAAGUCCGAUGAUGGCACGCACUACAUCGUGAACGGAGUGAAGAAGUGGAUUACCGAAGGAGCCUACUCAGACUACUUUGUGACGGCGGUUCGCACCGGUGGACCUGGGAACAAAGGCAUUUCGCUGCUGCUCAUUGAGCGCGGCGAUGGGGUCUCCACCAGUCAGAUGAAGACCACUUACUCGACCUGUGCCGGUACUGCCCUGGUGGUGCUGGAAGAUGUGCGCGUGCCUGUCAGCAACUUGCUGGGCAAGGAGAAUGAAGGUUUCAAGCUGAUCAUGUACAACUUCAACCAUGAGCGCUGGUUCAUCUGCCAGGUGCUGCUGGGCCAGAUGCGUGCAGCUUUGACGGAUGCCUUUAUGUGGGCUCGCCAGAGAAAAGUCUUCGGCAAGCCUCUCAUCGAGCAACCGGUGAUUCGCAACAAACUGGCAUCUUCCAUUGCGGCUUUGGAGAGCAUGCAGAGCUACAGCGAAGUUUUGACUUAUGACAUGGGCAAGUCGAAAAAUGGCCCAGUUGGGGACCGACUGGCAGGGCCGAUUGCCAUGUUCAAGUACCAAUGCACACGAACUGCGUGGAAGAUCGCGGAUGAUACAGUGCAGAUUCUUGGAGGCAGAGGCGUCACUCACACGGGCAUGGGCUCGAAGAUCGAGGGCCUCAAGAACUUUGCCAAGUAUGCCGCAGUCUAUGGGGGGAGUGAAGAGAUUAUGGCAGACCUGGCUGUCAAGCAAGCGAUGCGCAGCUUUCCUACCACAGCCCGGCUGUGA